AUGACUUACGAAGCGGAUCCCAAGCAGAAGCUCUAUGAAGCCGAAAGGCUAAAAACAACGGCGUUCUUUAGUAUUGCGAUCUCAACAGUUGCAACACUGACAGCAAUCAUUGUUGUCCCAAUGCUUUACAACUAUGUACAACAUGUACAAGCCCCACUUCAAGAUGAAGUUAACUUCUGUGUUCAUCGAACAGAGACCCUUUGGGAACAGUACGCAAAAUUGCAAAAAAUUACCGGAGUUGAAGGCAGACUGAAACGUUCAACACGCCAUUAUUCUUCCGGAAGAACAAGCCGUCACCACAGACGUACCCUCGCUAGAUCAGCACCACUGUUCACUUCGAUGGGUGCGGAAGGAUACGGAGAAGUCGACGUUAACACCGACAAAGUAUGCUGCGGCUGCGGUGUCGGUGAACCUGGACCAAUGGGCCCACCAGGACCUGACGGCCCAGACGGACACGAUGGACCACCAGGACGAGAUGGUGCUCCUGGCAAAGAUGCAGAACCACUAGCUAUUCCUUCACCAAAUGACUUCUGCUUCGACUGCCCAGCAGGUCCACCA